UAUUAAAAAUCGACCUUAUACUAUCAACAGACUGUUUUUGUACACCACUUGUGCAGCAGUAUACUUUGGAGCAAUCGAAAAUGAAAACAGCUUUAUUCGGCUGUUGUUUUGACUGCUGGUUAGGACUAAGCGGGAUGUAGUUCCUUAUUAGUGAAUCAUUCGAGACAAACUGGAAAAGCGGACAAGACUAUAUAAAGAGACACAACCUGUGGAAAAGUCUAUAUACAGUCUAGAAAUGAAAGCCUGUAGCAUUUUGAGUUUUCUGUCUGUCUGCUGUGUGAUUUUACAAUGCCGAGCGGAUCAGGAACCCACGGUGAAUAUUCCAGCCCUCGGCCAACUUCGAGGAUCUCAAAUGGUGUCAUCAUCCGGUCGGAAGUUUGACGCUUUCAGAAGCAUUCCCUACGCCGAGCCACCCGUUGGGAACCUGCGCUUCAGGGACCCAAUUGCGGCUAAACCUUGGACAGGACGUGUGUUGGAUGCGACCAAGGAAGGUCCCACAUGCCUCCAAAACGACUUGCUUACCGGUCUCACCCAGGUCGGCCAAGAAGAUUGCCUGGUGCUGAAUGUCUACACCCACAAGAUAAAUGAUGCAAUUGAAAAUGCCUUGCCGGUCAUGGUCUGGAUUCACGGUGGUGGGUUUUCGGCGGGCAGUGGCAAUUUCGAAACGGAUUUUUAUGGUCCGGGAAAAAUUCUCGAUCGAGACGUCGUCCUCGUGACCAUCAAUUACCGUGUUGGACCUUUUGGUUUCUUGAGUACGGAAGACAAGGAAGCCCCCGGAAAUUAUGGACUUCUAGAUCAGACACUGGCGAUUAAGUGGGUGAAAGAUCACAUCGCCAAUUUUGGAGGCAAUCCAGACUCGAUUACCAUUUUCGGAGAAAGCGCUGGCGGCGCCAGCGUCCAGUUUCAAGUACUAUCUCCACAUUCCAAAGGGUUAUUCCAUCGCGCCAUUUCUCAAUCUGGAGCCCCCGGUUGUCCGUGGGCCAUCCAAAAAAGUGUCGGGGAAUACACGCGACUUCUAGCCGAAGAUUUGAAUUGCCCAACAUCAAACUCCCGGGAGUUAUUAGCCUGCCUGAGAAACAUGGAAGCUGCCAAAAUUCUGGAAUUCAAGAGAAAAUUAGUGAUCCCGAUUGCAUUGAGUUUGGUCCCCGUCGCUUUCGGACCGCGCAUCGACUCCGAGCGAGACUCGCCAUUCCUUCCGGACGAUCCGGAAGUACUUGUGUCACGCAAACAGUUCAAUCAAGUGCCAAUGAUUGUUGGCCUGACUAAAGACGAGGGAUCUCUUUUCUCUGCAAGUCUGGCCUCAAUCGACGGCAAAAAUCUGGAAGUUUUAAAAAAAGAUCCGCUCAAUUGUCUGGCUCAUGCCAUGGGCAUGGAAAAGCAAAAGAACGGGCGCGAAAUAGCUCAGAAGGCGUACGAUCACUAUUUCGGCACCUCGGAAAGCGACGACGACUUUGUGACACAAUACGGAAAGAUGGCAUCGGAUGUCGGUUUCUUCAAAUGCAUCGACGAUUCGGUCAAAGUUUUCAGCCAAUACAACGGCCAGCCGGUUUACUACUACAACUAUGCGCACAAGGGCCAACAUUCCAUUACCCAAAUGUUGGGCGUGCCCGACGACAUAGAUUUUGGUGUGAGUCACUCUGACGAACUCAUGUUGAUGUUCACCAGCAAUUUCAUUCCACCAACGACCGAUGCCAACGACAUUAAAGCCUCGAAAAUGCUGCUCGAUUUGUGGACUUCUUUCGCAGCCAAUGGAGUACCGCAAAGCGAGGAAGUGAUCGGCCAUUGGCUUCCGACGACUCAGCCACAGCCCCGUUACCUCCAAAUCAAUUUGGAGAGUCCGGUUUUAAUUAACGGCGAGAUGCCGUUUCAAUCAGGACUCGACUUUUGGCGUUCGUUAUUAAAUUCUUAUUCUAACGUCCCAUCAGUCAAAGAAGAAUUGUAAUCAACUCAAAGUGGGGCUGUAUAAAAUACGUGUCAAUGCAGCACGAAACGGUUCUAUUAGGGUACUAAAUAAUAUCAAACAAUUUCCUAAAAUGUAGAAUUUUUUACUGAGAGAAAAUAAAUCUGUAUCGACUGUU